AUGCUUGCCCGGCGUACCACCUGCGCGCACCCCGACAGCCGCAAUGAUGACAACAGUUGUCCAACGCCAUCGCCGCCGGCCGCCGAUCCUGAGGCCAAACUUAGCCGCUUCGGACGCCACUUCGGCGGGCGCUUCCGGCUCUCCGACCUGGUCUCCUCGGCGCCGCGCGUGCGCGUACGCACGAGCGCAUCGCGGCAGCGCCACGAGCUGCUGGAACUGGCCGUUUUGAACGCGCGCCUCGCGGGCGGCGUGGAGCCCUGGGAGGCGCGCGCGCGGCUCGAGGUGCUGCGCAACCGCCGGCGCGCGUGGGACGCGGUCUACGACCUUGUCAGCGGCAGCGACGCUGCCGCGACGCUCGAGAUGAUCGAGAGCGCAGCUGAGCAGGUGGACGCCCUGCUUUCUGAAAAUGAGGCCGGCCGCACCUCCGUGAGAGAGCUGCGCACCCAGCUGUCCGCGCUGCAGCGACAGGUGCAAGAAGCCGGCGAGAAGCUGGCCGCGACGCAGGCGCGCGUGGACGGCAACCUGCAGCGCGUGGAGGCCCUCAAGCGUGAGGCGGCUACGCUUGAGCGAGCGCGCGCAGCAGCCAGCGCCCCUGCGGCCGCAGCCCCCGCCGCCGCCGUAGCCACGGCCCCGAGGGCAAAGCCAGGGCCGCCACCGUCCGCGGCUGCGGCGGUCACGGCGCUUGCGGCGGCACGGCGGCGCUCAAGGGGGCUGUGCGCGAGCCUGGAUGCGGAGCCGGACCUGAAGAACCACUGGUACCCCUGCGAGUUCAGUUCCCGCCUCACAAAAGACACCAUGGUCCCCUUUGACCUGUUCGACGAGCCCUGGGUGGUGUUCAGGGACGAGGCGGGGCGGCCCGCCUGCAUCCGCGACGAGUGCGCGCACAGGGCGUGCCCGCUCAGCGCGGGGCGCGCGGUCGGCGGGCAGUUGGAGUGCCCCUAUCACGGGUGGCGCUUCAACGGCUCUGGUGGCUGCACGGCCAUGCCCUCCACCAUCCACUGCCGUGGCGUGCGCGUGGCGGCGCUGCCAUGCGUCGAGAGGGACGGCUUUGUGUGGGUCUGGCCGGGGGAGGGGGAGCCCGGGGAGGUCCCUUGCACCGCGCUGCCGCCACCGGGGUACCAGGUGCACGCGGAGAUUGAGAUGAGCGUCCCAGUGGAGCACGGCCUGCUCGUGGAAAACCUGCUGGACCUAGCCCAUGCGCCCUUCACUCACACCUCCACCUUUGCCAAGGGCUGGCCAGUGCCGGCACAGGUCAAGUUCAACGCCGCGCAGCUGCUGUCGGGGGCUUGGGACCCCUACCCCAUCGACAUGGCCUUCCACCCUCCCUGCAUGACCGUGAGCCGCAUCGGCCUGGCGCAGCCUGGCAGGAUCAUGCGCGGCGUCAGUGCAGACCAGUGCGAGCGCCACCUGCACCAGCUGCACGUAUGCAUGCCUUCCAAGAAGGGGCAGACGCGCUUGCUCUACCGCAUGAGCAUGGACUUCAUGGGCUGGGUGCGGCAUGUGCCAGGAAUUGACAGGCUCUGGAAGUCUGUCGCCGCACAGGUCCUGGGAGAGGACCUAGUGCUUGUGGCGGGGCAGCAGGACAGGCUGCAGCGGGGCGGGAACACCUGGCAGACUCCGGUGUCCUACGACAAGAUCGGCGUCCGCUACCGCCGCUGGCGCAAUGCCGUCGCAGCAGGCGAGUACCCAGAUGGCUGCGCGCACACUCGGGCCCCCGAGCCCCCUACCUCAAUUGACAACUUAAAGACCGCCACGGCACCGUCGACGACGACGUCACCGGCGGCCAGCAGCGAGGUCGCGCGUGGAACAGCUGCACAUGCGGGCCUGGACAUGUUGAUGGAGGGCGUGGCUGAGGGUUUUGCUGACGAUAUAGAGCUGGCGGCGCGGCGCAUCGAGGCAGAGCAGCCUGCUCACACCGAGUAUGCUAAGAUGUGCCGCUGGCUGGCGCACGUGUCGGAGUGGGGCACGCUCUCCACAGUGGACGCGGCCACAGGCACCCCCUAUGGCGGUGUCGUCAGCGUUAGCGACGGCGCCGCAGACAACCCCACGGGCCGCCUGCUGUUCUACCUCACGCCGUGA